AGGAAACCGGCUGCCUCUGCUCUUAGCCUGCUUGCCCCCAAGCGAGUCCCUGAGCGCACUCCCAGGCCAGUCUGGUGAGGGUGGUGGCGGCUCCAGGGAUGGGAGGCCCACACUGAAGACCAAGGACAGGGCUGCUGGAGGCUGGCUGCCCCCGGCGGCCCCGCCCCCCCCAGAGGUGUGGGGUUCGUGAUACUUAACACUAGCACUCUGUUAGCGCUCAGUCGCUGACUCCCUAAGCACUGCAUUCCGUGCUGCAGGCGUGCCACAGUGUCUGCAGAUAGGCGACAGCAGGGACCCACCACAGGCUCUCUGAAGGAGCUUGGCUCUGCUGGUCUCCAAAGGGCAGGCAGCAGAGGACAUUGAAUAAAUAACGGAAUCUUUCUCUAGGCUGAUCUGUUCUUUGUGUGGUUGCUGGGCGGGGGUCCCGGAAUUCACACCUGUCCAGCUCCCGGUUUGGGGGUGCCAGUGGCCCUGGCGUGGGGUGGUUGCCUGGUGGAGACCCAUUCUUGGCUUCCAGGUUGUCUGGGCCCCAAAGUACCGGCGGGAGUCUCAGGACUCUCAUCAGCUUGUGUCAGCCGAGGACCGGGGGCAGCUCAGGAUGGGACAGCUGGUGACACCCCUCGCCACCCCGGCAGGACAACAGGAGAGCUGAGCCGGUCUUCACCGGGCUGCUCCCUUUCUUCUCAAUGGCAGUCUGAAGAAACAGGCUUGGGUGCAAGGUGACUGGGGCGGGCAGGACGGUGGCUCUGGCUGUUCAGGGGGAUCCAGUACUCCAAGCGGGUCCCGGUGCUCAGAUCCCUUAGCGGGAGAGGACGGCUGUCAGAAUGGGCCCCAUUCCCCACCCAGAACUUGACAUUUGACCCAUCCCCUGCUGAGCACUCCCCCUGCCCCUGCCUGGAGCCUGUGCAGAACUGGUGGGUGCAUGGUCAGGGGGCCUCCUGCCCCCACAGAGCCCUUCCCUGGUGGCCUGGUAGUAGCCUCGGCAGGCCGCCUGAAGGGUGGUGGGGGUAGACAGCGACAGAAUGUUCGUCCCCUAGUCUGUGCGCCAGCCUCUCCCGCCCCAGGGCCCUUCCUCAGCCAGUCCCCCAUUUAACACUUGCUUCAUCUUGAGCUCGCUGUGAUGGACCGGACUUCCCAGAUGAGGCACCUGGGGCCCCGCUGUGGACAGAUGACUCCAGUGGGGGUUUCUGCGUGUGAGACAGCACGCGCUACCUCUCCCCGUACCCUUGUGCUCAAGGCUGCCGUAUGCACAUGUGCGGGUGGCAUGGGUGGUGUGCAGGAGUGAGGGGGCCGGUGAGAGCUGCGUGUGGACUUCUCGGUGCUGGUAGCUAGCUCGGAAGGGAGACACUCCUGUGUAACAGGAUCAGAUAGGCGGUGGGCCAAGAGCUAAGAAUAGGAUUGGGCAUAGGCUCCUGGCUCAGGUGGGGGUGUGCCAAUGCCAGCCAGGAAGUAGCCCACGGGAGCCAGAGAACAGUACAGGGACUGAGGCAGUGGGGCCUAUGGCCUAGGGCUCCAGGGAAGGAGCAGAGUCCAGCUCAGCUCAUAACAGAGCUGAUAGGACAGGGCUCAGGGAAAGGACAAGUUCUGGGAUCUGGGCAUCGGCACCAGGGGCAGGGAGUACGCUUGGUGCUCAGAGGAAGCCCCCACCCAGCCCCCAUGGCCUUUCCUGGUGGCUGGGACCCUGCAGGUGGCCUCCCAGAUGGCAGAUGCUAGACAGAGUCUGGAAAGAAAGGGGAUGUAUGGCCUGCAGGGUCCCAGGGUGGCUCUGACACUCAGCAGCCCUGGGGUGUUAGCCUCCACUGUUGCUGUCCUGGAGGGCGUGUUCCGGAGCCUGGGCUUUGAGAGCUGCCAGAAGAGGGAGGCCUCUGUCCAGGGCUUCCUCGGGGAGCUGGCUGGGUUCCGGAAGCAGCUGGAUGCCCUUGGGGGCCCUGUGGGCUGUGCCCUCGUGGCCUUGGUGGCCCCUCGUGGGCAGCUGAGGCAGUCCCAGCAGCUGGUCUGGGAGCUGAGCCGCUGCAGGGCCCUGUGGGGCUGCCCCAAAGUUUUCCUGCUGCUCUCGACGACUCCUGGGGCUGCCCCUGAGGCCGGAGCCUUCCUCACUGGCCUGAGCCAGCUCUGUGGCCGAUUUCCUCACUGGUCUCUGCUGCAGCUGCUGAUGGAGGUCUUCUACAGGACAGCCAAAGAGUCAGAGGCCUCCUACUGCCCAGUCCUCCGGAGCUCCUUGAGGGGCGCACUGUGCCUGGGGGAUGUGGAACCCUGGGAGCCCCAGCCAGAACCCAGCCCCAGUGCUCACUAUGAACUGUCCGGGACCAGAGCCGCCCUCCUGCUGUCCGUGAUCCAUGGCUGGCCCGGGGCCCAGCAUGAUGUGGAGGCGCUGGGGGGCCUGUGUCAGGCCCUGAACUUCAAGACCACCCUAAGGACAGACCCUACGGCCCAGGCUUUCCAGGAGGAGAUGGCCCAGUUCCGAGAGAGCCUAGAUGCCCGCAGGGUCCCGGUGAGCUGUGCCCUUGUGGCCCUCAUGGCCCAUGGGGGGCCACAGGACCAGCUGCUGGGGGCUGACGGGCAGCAGGUCCAGGCAGAGGCACUGGUGCAGGAGCUGAGCCGCUGCAGGGCCCUGUGGGGCUGCCCCAAGAUCUUCCUGCUUCAGGCUUGCCGUGGGGGGCAGAGGGACGCUGGUGUGGGGCACACAGCUCUCCCCUGGUUCCGGCGCUGGCUGCAGGCAUCACCAACCACCCCCUCACAUGCCGACGUCCUCCAGAUCUAUGCUGAUGCCCAAGGUGGGCGUGGCUUCCUGCUGGAGCCCAGGCUUGGCCAGGGCUGGUGGGAGGGCUGUCUGGUGUGCCUCUCCAGGGCUCUGAUCGGGGUCUUGCCAAGAGGAUGGGAAGGAAAACCUUCCGAAACCGCAAGGGCCACUGAAAAUUGAGGGCUUCUCCCCUCCUUAAGCCUCAAAACAACCCUGGAGGCAGGAAGGUGAGACAGCUUUCCUAAGGUCCCACACUCGUAGGUGGCAGAGCUGAGAGACUUGAGUUCUUUCAGUGGUGGUGUUGAGAUUUGAGUUCUGAUUUGCCUUUUCCACCCUGGGCUAAUUCUCCUGACUUCCCCGUGUGCCCGUGAGGCAGGGCUGGGGGUACCUCUGGGGCUGAGAGAGUCCCUGGAGCUGCUGACUGAGGUCAACCGCCGGGUGUGUGAACUGGAGGUACUGGGUCCCGAUGGCCAGAGGUGCCGCAAGGCCUGCCUGGAGAUCCGCAGCUCGCUGAGGCGCCGGCUCUGCCUGCAGGCGGGACUGUGCCCGCUGCCGUUCCGGGGGUGCUGACCACUGGGGGCUACGGCCCAGCGCCGCCGCUGACUCCAUCCCCUGUCCUGGUUCCUCUUGUGUAAAUGGGCGCAGCAGUGCGGGCGCGGGGCGUGGAGGUGGGGGGACUGCAGUAAAGGUCUGUGGGUGAUCCCAGUGCUCGUGAACAGUGCCUGCCCUCGGGGAGGUGACCCAGUGAGAGAACGCAUGCCACGUGACUGGCACCCCGUAAGGGUGCACCUGUGCUCCUGGGAGCGGGGGUGGGGGGCUGGGCCUUCCCACGGGCGCGGGGACCGAGGAACCCGGCCCGGGCUAGGCUGGUCUGGAGGUUCGGAGAGAGGACAGCCGGGGCCCACGUCGCUGUCCCAGCUUGCGCACUCCACAGGCGCCCCACGCUGGGGCCGUGGGAAUGCAGGAGAUGCGGUCUUGGCUUUCACGCUGGUCGGAGCCUGGGCUGGGACCACAGGACUGGACAGAGCACAGCAGGCUGACCGGUGCUGUGAUGAGGGAAGCGCGGGGGCUGCACAGGGAGCAGUGGGCAGUCUCUGACCCAACGCGCUCCGGAGCCACGUAGGGGAAGAGCUCCCAACGCGCCGGUUAGGGCCGGAGCCUGCCCCCUCACCGGGGCUCGAACUCGUGCUACAGUUCGUUAGGGCCGUCCUUGCCGGGCUGCCAGGACUCGUUUGGUUUGCGUGGCCCGGCCCACAGUUUGCAGCCCCACCCACAGAGGGCCCGAGGGGCGGAGCUCCUCGGUGGUAGGAGCAUGCGCAUUGUGGUACACUACACAGGCGCCUGGACCAGCUUUAUGAGAGAAGCUGGGGAAACGUAAUCGGUGGGGCCGCGUGGCCUAAUGGAUAAGGCGUCUGAUUCCGGAUCAGAAGAUUGAGGGUUCGAGUCCCUUCGUGGUCGCUGCAGUGCUUGUUUUUCCUCCCUUGACUUCACAUUUUCCCUUGGUCCGGACUGCACUCUCCGCGGAACCUGAAAAUGUUUGCGCUGUGCCCCCCUCCUCGCGGCGCCCCACCCUGCAGCACCCGGAAAACCGCCGAGCUCCAGAGUUCCAGCACGCGUGGAGCUCGGGAGCUUAGGGUCUGGUCUGCACCUCCCUCGACCCCAGGGUGCUGCG